UUGUCCAUUAGAACUGUCAUCUGUCAAGUAUAUUUCUUUAGCCGUGUUAUGUAGUGUCGUGAACCCAACCCAAAAUUCCUGAAUUGAUAAUUAGCCAAUUGUACUGCCAUCUGAUUAUUUUCAAUUUUUGGAAGCUUCAAAUCAAUUGUAGGAUAAAAUGCAAACAAUAAAAUGUGUAGUUGUUGGAGAUGGAGCCGUGGGUAAAACAUGUCUAUUGAUUAGUUAUACAACUAACAAAUUUCCUUCUGAAUAUGUACCCACUGUAUUUGAUAACUAUGCAGUCACUGUUAUGAUAGGUGGAGAACCCUACACUUUAGGACUUUUUGAUACAGCUGGCCAAGAAGAUUAUGACAGACUUCGUCCAUUGAGUUAUCCUCAAACUGAUGUUUUUCUUGUUUGCUUCUCAGUUGUCAGUCCAUCUUCAUUUGAGAAUGUCAAGGAGAAGUGGGUUCCAGAAAUCACUCAUCACUGUCAAAAAACUCCUUUUCUUUUGGUUGGUACCCAAGUUGAUUUGAGAGAUGAUGGUGCGACUAUCGAGAAAUUGGCAAAAAAUAAACAAAAACCCAUUUCUGUAGAACAAGGUGAAAAACUAGCAAAAGAACUUAAAGCAGUAAAAUACGUUGAAUGCUCAGCGUUGACACAAAAAGGUUUAAAAAACGUUUUUGAUGAAGCAAUUCUGGCUGCCUUGGAACCACCAGAGCCAGUUAAGCGUAAAAAGUGCGUAAUCUUAUAGGCCAUCAACAGAUUCGAGAAUUUUGAAGACUUUAUUUACAGAAACCAUUAGGAAUUAUUUAUUUCCGAAAUUUUUCUUGACCUUAUCUGAAAAAAUCCUUUGAGUAUUUUAAUUUGUACUGUUUAGCCAAAUUUUCAUGGGAAACAAUCUUAUACUGUGUAAUAAGCAUUUUAAGCUCAAAUUUAUUUAUUUUAUAGAAGCUUUGAGAAAACUCUAAAGCAGAGAUGGACUUGUAUUUUUAAUAUGUCUGAAACUUAACAUGAGUUCACAAACAAAUAAUCCUUGCAAAAUACAAAGUUAUCCCUGCCUUUAAAGCGGUUCAGGCCACUUUGACAUUUAAUACUACAAAAAUCCUAUUUAUUUAGGUUUAAAAACUGUUUCCAUUUAUGAACGUAAUCAAACUCUUCAUGGUAUUUAUUCUACAAAUUGUUUUAAAUGUAUUUCUGAAGGAAGUAUCCAGUGUGGGUUUUUGUUAGACAAAUCGAGGGUGCUAUAAACAUUGCAUGGUUGAAACAUAUAUUUAAAACAAUUUAUAAGGAAGCUACUCAAAAAAGUUGCCAUUAUUUCAGUAGUCUGACUUCGUUUUGGAUUGAUUUUUUUGAGUAGUAUAGUUAAACCCUGAUGUAUCAACUUUUAAUAUAAUAAUCAAGUUUGAGGUAAUUUUUUAAGAACUAAACCACUAAAAUUGUACAUAAAUAGGAUGAUUGGAAAAGGAUGAGUGAAAAAAAAUCACUUAUGCAUUUAUACUUUCUGUUUUGUGUAAAAUUAGGCACAUGCAGUAUUGUUCAAUAUUAUUUUUCUAAUGUGUGAUAGCAAAAGAUUGUAUGAAUACUAGAUUUAAGAAUUUAUGUAUGAUUUAUUUAAUAUAAGAAUUUCUAUCUA